GUGAGAGUUUGAUUGAGGCAGCUGGUUGUUAAUGAGUAACUUUUUAGAAGCUCAACCUUUACCAGGCGUUUGUUCAGCUCUUGCUGUGUUACUCAUUCAGUGGCAAAAAGCACUGGACUUUGUGUUUGUUUAUCGAACUAUCUGUUGGCUGGUCUUUUAUAAAGGAUUUGGUUUGAUUUCCUGCUGAGUUUUGUUUCUUGGGGCUGCGAUGGCUGACCCAAACCCCCAGCAGCCCACCUCGGGCUCCUCUGGUAAGCUUGACCAGGUCCAGAGUCAGGUGAACGAGGUUAAAGUUAUCCUGAAAGACAACAUCAACAAAGUCUUGGAGAGAGGUGACAGAUUAGAUGAUCUUAUUGGGAAAACAGAUGAUCUGCAGGCCUCUGCGGACUCCUUCCAAAGAACGUCUACACGAGUUGCCCGGAAGUACUGGUGGAAAAAUGUUAAAAUGAUGAUCAUCAUCGGUGUGGUUGUGCUGAUCAUUCUGAUACUCAUCAUCCUCGCUGCCACGGGUGUUAUAUAAACUCUUAUUCACAGGCUUUCAGAUUGAAAGUAAUGCAGUUAAUUGCACUCAGGAAGUGACGUUUUACAUUUUAAGAGCAAAAUGUGCACAAUCAAAGGGUAAAUGAUUAUCAAUGAGGUAUCUCUGUGAAGACUAAUGUGAAAACUUAGGAAGCAGAUUAAAUUAGGUUUGCUGACACACAACACUCCAAAUUUAUGUAAAACAACUAUUAAUGAAACACAAAUCCAUGUGAACUUUUUUUAUUUGUUGCUUUUUCAUUGUCUAGUACACCAUGUACAUAUGUAUGUUUAUGACUGUCAAACUCUGUAGUAACACGUAUAUAACUGAUGAACACAAUAAAAGGCUUUAGCUGUA